AUGGCGUAUAUAUUUAAGAGGGAAGGGUGUUAUAGCAAAAAUAGAUUAAGUGAACUGUUUCGGAAAAAUAAAAGUUUUGUUAAUCAGCUCAUGUAUGAUUUAACAUCUUUUCAUUAUGAAAAUUAUAUGAAAAAUAAAAUUCACAAAAAUAUUAUGACCAACUAUAACAAUAUUGAAAAAAUCCAGUCUAUGCUAAAUUUGAUAAAUGGGGACAAAGAAAAUGCCUUCAAAAUAAAAACAGGGCACUUUUAUUUUCGUAGUGGGGUUCCAGUAGUUACACCUUAUAUUCAACAAACUAACGAAUUUGCUGAAAAUAAUAAUUAUGUAUAUAAUUUUAAAAGUUUAAAAAAAAAAUAUUUAAAAGAAGUUUAUGACUCAUAUAAACACAAAAUAGGUGGUACUGAUCCAUCAGUUCCUCUUUUUUACAAACACAAAUAA